AUGUCGUUUUCAUCUGGGGCAUCUCCUCAAACGACGGGUACAUAUUCUUCUUACUUCUCCAGCUCAGUUCCGCCCGAAUCGCCUAGCCUCCAGUCUCAGCGCAGCUAUAGCCAAGCCAGUCAGGCUUAUGAUGAGGAUGAAUUCGGGGAUGAAUUCGAGGAUGAACUCGAGGGCCCACCAAGUGUCACCUUAACCACAGCUUCGACAACCAUUUCUCGCCCCAGCACUCCCUCGGGCCGUCGCUCUCGAAGAGGUACUACGCCUUCUAUCCUUGGGCAGAGCGAAUCGAAUGAUAUCAUCUGCGCAGUGAGCGAAUCUCGUGGCGUCACACAUACAGUAGGUAUUGCCAUAGUCAACAUGUCGCUUGGUGAAGUUACUCUCAGCCAAAUAUGCGACAGUCAGUCCUAUGUGAGGACAAUUCAUAAGCUUCAACUGGCAUCGCCUUCUCGAAUAGUCUUCACGCCUUCCGCGUGCCCUCCCAAUCGGCCCAGUACCUUCUACUCUCUCGUUGAACAACUGAUACCUGAGGCGGAGAUUGCCUGUCAUGAGCGCUCUGCUUGGUCCGAAUCCUCCGGGAUAGAGUAUAUGGAAGGUCUCGCUCUUGACGGCGACAUUGGGCCGUUAAAGGUGGCUACCCAAGGCAAAUAUUAUGCAGUCUGCUGUUUUUCUGCCGCUAUGAAAUAUAUCGAUCAUCAAUUCAAUGUCACCUUCUCUCCUCAGUCCCUGCGCAUUGGAUACCAACCUUCCGAAGAUACGAUGAUGAUAGCCAUACCCGCGAUACAAUCACUAGAAGUGAUGUGCAAUUUGAAGUCUGCCAAGUCCAAAGAAUGCUUAUUUGGGCUAUUGAACCAUACCCUUACACCAAUGGGCGCCCGCGUACUCCGCAAUAACAUGCUCCAGCCAUCCACCAACUUUGAUGGAUAUAUCAGAGUUCGAUAUGACGCGUUGGGAGAGAUGGUCGCCCACGAAGAGAUGUUUCGUGAAAUUCGUAAAGCCCUUAAACUUUUCCAUGAUGCCGAGAGAACUUUUACAAAGCUGAUUACCAUUCGACCCGCCACGGGCAUAACUGCGGCCGAAGAACAAAUUACACACAUCCUCAUGGUCAAAUCUUUCCUAGAAUCAGUUCCAGAUAUCUACCGAGCGCUUUACCCAGCAAAGAGCGACCUUUUAGUCAAAAUCCGCACUAUAUGCUGUCCCGAGACGACGGUUCCCAUUUUACGCAUGAUCAAGGAGGUUAUCGAAGCAGACGUUACAUACAUGAAAUCACCGCUAGAUUUACGUAACCAAAGAACAUUCGCGGUCAAAUCAGGCCUCAGCGGCCUGUUGGAUAUCGCUCGUCAGACUUAUAAAGAACUUACCGAUUAUAUUCACCAGUAUACAAACGGUGUUAGCGAAGAGCAUCAAGCUGCAGUGACUAUAAAAUUCGACAAUCGACGCAUGUAUUGGUUUCGGAUACCCACCGCAGAUCUUGACCCCGAAUCAGUAUCCCAGCAUUUUAUAAAUGUCAUCUGGAAGAAGAAUCAUAUUGAGUGCCAGACUAUGGAUCUUGUUAAGCUAAAUCGCAGACUAUCAGAUACUUCCAACGAGGUAAUGCUGCGGAGUGACCAAAUAAUUCUCGAGUUGGUCAAAGACCUUCGAAAAGAAGUCUCCCCACUGUUCAGAGUAUGCGAAUCAAUCGCGCUCUUGGAUAUGAUUGCAUCUUUUGGUCAAGUCACCACAACUCGGGAUUAUGUGAGGCCCUUGAUUGAAGAUACCUUGGCGCUGAAAGCAGCAAGGCAUCCAAUUCUCGACAAGAAAAUGGCGAGUGAAUAUGUGCCCAAUGACUACUAUGGUACAGAACACCAUCGAUUUCACUGUGUGACAGGUUGCAAUAUGAGUGGCAAGAGCACAUACAUCCGAUCGGUUGCCUUGCUUCAGAUUAUGGCACAGAUUGGAUGUUUCGUGCCGGCCGAAUUCGCCACCUUCCCCAUUAUACACAACAUACUUGCCCGUAUAUCCACUCAAGAUAGUAUAGAGGCAAAUUUGUCCAGCUUCGGAGUAGAAAUGAGAGAAAUGGCCUUCAUUUUGAAGAAUGUUGAUAGCCAAAGUCUCGCCAUAAUUGACGAGCUUGGCCGAGGAACAGGCAACAGGGAUGGUAUGGCAAUUGCAAUGGCGAUAUCUGAAGCACUGAUUGACACGGGAGCAUAUGUCUGGUUUGCAACUCAUUUUAUCGAGCUGGCUCGAGCACUAGAAAAUCGCCCAGGAGUUCUUAAUCUCCAUCUUGCGUCCAAUACUACUAUUGGUGAAGGGGGGAUCCCUCACUUAAAUAUGCUCUACAAAGCCACUGCGGGUACCGUCGAUGACGAGCAUCACUAUGGAAUUGUUUUGGCCCGAGCAAUGGGGAUGCCAAACAGCUUCAUUGAAGUCGCGGAGAAGGUGGCAAAUGAUCUGAGAAGCAGGCGGGAGUCGAACCGACAGAAUUCCGAGUCAUAUAAAGAGAUACAUCGGCAGAAGCUCAUGCUAAACUUGUACGAGGCGCUAAAACAAGCUGCCAGGCCCUCGAAUCCGGAAACUCGUCUAGGGUACCUCAGGUGCCUCCGAGAAGAAUACCAUGAACGCUUGCGGGAAAUUGAAGAAAUGUGA